AUGAGCGUUUCUUCCAAAAAUAUCGAGAGCGAGGGUGAAGUAGAACUCAGCGACGGAGAAUAUAUAUUAGAUGAUAACGGCUUUGUAUGUACAUCUAAAAGCCAGAAAGAAAUAUCUUCUUCUCAAGAUGAUAGAAAGACAAUUUUGGACAAACUUCGGUCUAUUCAAGAAGGGAACCCGAAUAUAGAAGCGGUGUUUAUCGAAGAUGAAGAAGACACUAAGCAAACAUUAGCUCAACCAGCCUCUUCCAGAUCCAAUGGAGAAGAAACCGUAGAAUCAGAGGAAGCAGAAAAUAAUAUAAGUGACGAGGACACAUCUUCAGCAUCAGAAACAGAAUAUUUUCAUAAUAGCCCCAAAACUGCAUCAGCUAAAACAUCUAGCACCCCUAAUGCAAAUCGACUAGUAGGGAAACAAACUGUUGCUCAAAAUUUGUCUCCAAAGCCAAAUAUUACUUCAACUAAAUCAACUUUGUCAAUUCCUUGUCGAAAUCCUCCCCCAACUCCUCUUAUAGUUAAACAAGUGUCUCCAUCAACCCUAACCGCAAAUUUUUUGAAAAAUUCAAAUAGGAUAGUACUGAAUAAGCAGAAUGGUUCUGGUAAAGAAAUAUUGGUAAUUCCGGAUGAGGUAUUGCCUUUCAUUGCUUCUUCUGUACACCCAAUCACCCUUACCGUACCUGGAGUAGGGGCUGUAGUACUUAACAAAUCAAACACUGUAACGCCUCGGCCCCAGCCUGUUCCAAAACCACCUGUUGAUCCACCCACAUACCAUCCCCUAUGCGAUCCUAAAUAUCAAUUUUGGAAAUACAGAAAGGGCAUUAAGAGGGACCUUGAAGGUUUUUCAAUCAACGAUAGGUUGGGAUUUUAUAGAGCAGAGCAAAACCGAAGUAGAAUCUGUGUACAAUAUUAUGAAAAUACAAUUAGGAAAAUGAAUAAAGAGACUGAAGUGUUGAGUAGACAGUUUGGAUUACUGCCAAAAUCUGUCGAAAUUCCCCAAGUAAAAAAGAUUAGGAAAGCAAGAAAAAAAACAAUAAAGAAACCUAAGGGAAACAAUUUAACUCCUAUUCAAAAGAAAAAUUUGCACGUGAUAAAGAAGUGGAAGGAGCAUUUUAAAAAGGAAUCUGAGAAUCAAACUGAAUUGUCAUCUUCAGAGGAUGAUGAAAAUUUAUUAGACAGAAAACUAAGACUAGAGAGAGAAAAAAAGCGAGAAGCGAAAAAACAAAAAACGGUAAGAAAGUGUGUGUUAAAUAAAAAAAAAUCCAAAAAAAUAAAAGUAGAGCGUUCUCCGCAAACAAAUCCCUAUUUGAAAAAGUACAAAACCUACGAGAGCACUUGCAAAAUAAUUAACAAUUUAGAAGACCUUGAAUUGGAAAUGAAUCCAGACCAACCUGUACUUGUCAUCAACGAAGAAAACUAUUUAAGUUGGGAUUUUGAGAAACUGCGGCUCAAAAACAAUUUAGUUUAUCCAAGUGAAACCGAGAAAGCCUGA